UUCAAUCUUGAAUUCGUAUCAUCCAAUGCAUCAAAAUCCCCUUGUUCUCCUAAGGAGUAGAUCGAUGAAGCUUGAAACGCCAAGAGGUUGCACGUCCACACUGCCUCGCAUCACAUCUUGGCGACGUCUCAAGCUGAAGACUUACGAGAUGAAUAGAUCUUCAAGAAUUUCUUCUGCUCCUCAAUUAACGUAGCGAACAGGAAAAACCACGAUGGAAAUACGGCGAGGCCCCACGAUAACGUUCCUUAACCUCGGGCUGUUAUGGCUGGCAACAUCUUCAUUGGGCCAAAGGAUACGGGUCGAGGAACCGAUUCGCCCUCUCGUAAUGGACGGGGCAACGAAAACGAGCGAGACAGACUACCUACCCGAGAAGGCAAUAGUAGAACAGGUCGUCGAAUCAAGCAUCCCGCAAGUCUCCGACGUACCGCAAAUCUCAGGAAUUCCACAAGUAGAUGUGAAUCAACCUAACGGCACCACAACCGGUAGUCAAGCGCAGCCAACCGAGCCCGUGGUUCCAAUAUCCGUGUUGUUAUUCUCAGGACCACCUGGCCCGAAAGACUGUCGCGGUACAGUAAUGACGAACAUCCAGCUGCCCAAACCUGGAUUACAACACUCAACUCCGAAAUGUUAUAACGUACCUGGGGUAGCACAAUGUGGGACCUUCAUUGCGAAUAUGGAUGAUGGGUGCCAGGCACGCUUGUUCAACGAGCCCAACUGUCUGACGUUUGCCAACCUAGCCGUAUUUACUCCGGAGCAGAGAGCCGUCGGUGGAUUACUGAGGAGUAUUGAGAUUACGUGUGGAAUCGAGGGCGUGACACCGCCACCGUUAAAUCUUCCCGGUCUUAAAUUACCGCCAAACGCUCAACAGGCCGGUGGAAGUGAGCAUGGCUAUCGGUCUACGCCAUAAUAAAAGACAAAGAACCCACGCAAACCGGUCCGUAAAGGAUUGCGAGUACCCGGUAGGUACCUAUGUUGCAGAGAUGGAUCAUUGUUUGCGGCUCAUUGGCGAAAUCCGGAGAAGUUCUC